AUUGUGCAGCAACACGUUGUUCCAGUUUAUUAAACUAACAAAGUUUUCCUUUAAACAACCCAUAAUUCUAAACAUCUCAUUUCAUGCAUGAUUCAAAAAUCUUAAACAUUCUUUAUUUGGAGUUACCAAAAGAAAUUGUAAACAAGAAGAGAACAUUUUUUGGGAAAUUUCAUUCUGAACGUUUAAGAAAAAAGAAAGAAAACCGAUCGAUAUCAUCUCUAGGGCGCUUAACAGGUGGUUCCAUUCUAAAAUUGGAUAUUUAUUCGUCCUUUUUUGAUUCAUUUAGGUGGGUCGUCGAAAAUGACAAGAAUUACGAUUAUUUUUGCCGUUCUAAUCUUAAAAAUGGUUAAAACUCAAGAAAUGUCAAAGAAUUUUAUCGAUUUGGGAAUUCAUUCAACAAAAGGUAUGAUUUUUGAGAAGAAAAUUGAUGAUGAAAAAAUCUACGAUUUGGAAAAGUUUAAUUUUGGAAUUCAUUACAUUGAGCCAGGGGGGUUGUUAAAUGAUAUUACUGAUCUAUAUAAAUCUGGAUACUUUGAUGGUUAUGUUGCUUAGUUAUUAAAACUUGAGCAACAAUAGAUCGGAUGAACCGAAAAAAAAUACGCUGAAGAAUCCGAUUGGAAGCAGAUAAAUCGAUGACGACUCACGCUAACGAACAUGGAUAACGAAAACUGAUUUAUAGAAUUCUUUAAAAUACAUAUAAAAAAAAUUAACAUAUUUUAUAGAUGUUAUCCAUAAAAUAAUUAUAUUCUUCAAUAGCCAUAAGAUUAAUUACUUAUUGUCACUUUGCUGAUGAAGUUAUCGCUUUUCGUACAUUUUCCCCUAAAACCGGUGCUGAGGUUUUCUACAGAUAAGAUAUCUUAAGAAAAUCUCAAUAGAGUUCUGGAAUUAUGUAUUUUGACAAGAUAGUCGCGUUAAUUGUAAGCGCAUUUAAAAAUUUUUUAAAUAAUUGUUAAAUAGAGAUGUUAAGCAAGAAAAGAAUGAGUUACCUAAAAUACCAUGGGAAGAAAAAAAUUGAAAAAAUGAAGAGGGAAAUAAAAAAUGAAAAUAAUAUUAAAAGAGAUUAGGCCCCAUACUUUUAAAAGACCGAAACACCACGAUAAAAUAUAAAUGAAACAAGCAAAACUGAACAGACAAAAUUUUUUUUAAUUUACGACCCGAUUUUGACAAUUAAAUCCGGGUUCGUUGGAAUGCUGAUUGCAACGAAUCCGGUGUAAUUAAUACGCUGAUACCGACCUUUGCAUUACUAGGCCCUAUCGGAUUUAUGCUAUUUUAAUAAUUUUUAAAUGUUCGUCAAUUUUAUUCCAAAUUUUUAUUAAAAGUGUUUAUUUAAUGAAAAAAUUUACGAACUAUUUAUUAAAAAAGUAGCGAAAACCGAUGAUGCUCGGUCGUUAUAGCGUCACAAUAUUUAGAAAACAGGAACUAACAUAUGUAUCAAUCGAAUUAAGAUGACGAAGGCAUCAUUGGAAUGAUGAGACCUUUUAUCCAACUAAAUUUUUUAAUUAUUAACAUUUAAAUGUUGUUUAUUAAAAAAAAAAAAGCAUAAAUAUAAUAUCGAGUACUCAUUUUUCUCUCAAUUUCAAUUCAAACAUUAUUCAACGUUGUAUCAUUAUAAUGCUGAUAAUCUGAAAAAAAUUUUAUCGCACUUGGUGCUGAGACAUAAAUAUUUUUAGUGUUAAGGUUAACGUGUUUCGCAUGUAUUUGUUUAAAUGUGUAUUUAAAAUAUGUGUUAGCAAAAUAAAAAAUAUUGUAAAAACGUGUAUAAGUCGUUUUAUCUUUCGUGUAAAAAGAGUCGUCUAUAUUAACGGUAUUAAAAUAACAAUUUUGUAAGAAUGCGUAAAUUUCUUAUCAUAAUCAUUGAUAAAAUACUCAUUGUUAACUAAUAAGUCGUACCCCAUAUUCAAUUGCAUUAAUAAAUUGUAAACUGUUACAUAAAUGUUAUUAGAGGAUGAAAAUUGAAAAAGAUUCAUCAAUUUUCUUUACUGAAGAUUAUUUAUCAAUAUUAUUCAACAAGAUCCCGCCUAACGAGUAUGGAAUUAUUACUUAUAGACAAUUACAUGAUUUUAUACAAGUCGAAGAUGAUUUAUUGCCAAAACGUCUCCAAAACGUUUUUAAGAAUGUGGCGGAAACGAAAGGUGAAGAUGAAAUAAAUCAGAAUGAUUUUAUAAAACUUGUUAUGAACGAAAAGUAUUGCAAUAAAUUUGAAAAGUAUUUAAACAUUUAUAUGUCAUUUCUUAUUCCUCCACCACCACCAACUGAUUUUCAAAUAGAAAAGCAAGAUUUUCAAAUAGAAAAGCAAAGUAACCUUCUCCCUUUGAGAAGAGUAGCUUUUCAAAUACAACCUACAGCAUUUCUAGGAGGGGGAGAAAGUUAUGAAUCAGAAUAUGAUAUUAAAUUUAUACCAUCUUUACAAACUGCCAAAAUGUCUGUAGAAGAUAUGGCAGAAACACCUCAAAGAAUAUAUCAUUUUUGGCCAUUACCCUUAGCAAUGAUUUUAAUUUCAUUAACAGAAAUUGUUUUAUACAUAAUUGACGCUGCGCAUGGUCUUAAUUGGCGGAACGGUAUCAUAUCGAACGAAUUAAUUUAUAAUCCAUCAAGAAGAAUUGAAAUGUGGCGGUAUCUUACUUAUAUGUUUGUUCACGCAGGUUCAUGGCAUCUUUCAAUGAAUAUUCUUUUUCAAUUAAGUUUGGGUAUUCCGUUGGAAUUGCAUUACACUUGGUGGCCGAUUAUUCUCGUUUAUUGUUGUGGAGUGAUUUCCGGUGCUUUAGGAAGUUCCGUAAUGGAUGGUUUUGCUUGGUUGGCUGGAGCUAGUGGUGGUGUUUAUGCUUUGUUAAUGGCUCAUGUAGUUUCUAUUAUUAUGAAUUGGAAACGAAUAUAUCAUAGAAAAUUCUUAUUAAUAUUUCUUUUAACGUUUAUUUUGGUCGAUAUUUUAAGGGUUGUUAUUGAUUACUCAACGGGCAAUUUAAAUCAUACCAUUUCAUAUUCUUCUCAUUUUUUUGGAGGGUUAUCUGGUGUGUUAAUAGGAACUGUUAUUUUUAAGCAAUUCACCCCGGAAGGCGAAAGAAAGGCGUUAACUUAUAUUCUUGUGAUAAUUUUUGUGAUAUUAUUUGGUUUGGCUGUGUUUUAUAAUAUCUUUUUUACAACUAAAUUUCCUAAAUAAAAUAAUAAGCGUAAUUAAAAA